GCUAGGCAAGAGUGCAAAACCCGCAAAAACCUUUUGGCAGACACAACUUUUGGCAUUCUAAACUUGCAUUGACUGCCUUUUACUCCGAGUGUCCGAAGGAUUUUUUGUGAUCAAGAAUGGAGAAGCGAGACAAGAAGCAGGUACUAUUAUACCACUGUGUAGAGGCAGAAGACCUUGCUAGAAAAGUGGCUGCCCAGUCUGAAUUCAUUCAGCUCCAAACCAUAAAUUGGAGGAGUUUCGAUGAUGGGUUUCCGAAUCUUUUCAUAAAUAAUGCUCAAGAAAUCCGAGGUCAGCACGUGGCCUUUCUAGCAUCAUUUAGCUCACCUGCAGUAAUCUUUGAACAGCUUUCUGUCAUAUUUGCUCUUCCAAGGUUAUUUGUUGCCUCCUUUUCGCUGGUUUUGCCUUUCUUUCCAACUGGUUCUUUUGAAAGAAUGGAAGAAGAAGGGGAUGUGGCCACUGCAUUCACCAUGGCAAGAAUUUUGUCCAACAUUCCUAUUUCAAGGGGUGGUCCAACAAGUUUAGUCAUCUAUGACAUACAUGCUUUACAGGAAAGGUUUUACUUCGGAGAUCAAGUUUUGCCUUUGUUUGAGACUGGGAUUCCUUUGCUGAAACAACGGCUUCACCAACUUCCUGAGUCUGAGAAGAUUGUAAUUGCAUUUCCAGAUGAUGGCGCAUGGAAAAGAUUCCAUAAGCAAUUGGACCACUUUCCCAUGGUAGUCUGUAAUAAGGUACGUGAAGGUGAUAAAAGAAUUGUGAGGCUAAAAGAGGGAAAUCCAAAAGGUUGCCAUGUUGUGAUUGUUGAUGACUUGGUUCAAUCUGGAGGUACUCUUAUUGAGUGCCAGAAAGUUUUGGUCGCUAAUGGUGCAGCAAAAGUAAGUGCCUAUGUCACACAUGGUGUUUUCCCAAAACAUUCAUGGGAGCGGUUUGUUCACAAGAGUGAAGACUUGGAGAAAGCAUUUGCCUACUUUUGGAUCACAGAUUCAUGUCCCCUCACCGUGAAAGCAAUUUCUGACAAAGCUCCAUUCGAAGUUUUAAGUCUAGCAGGAUCCAUUGCUGAUGCUCUUCAAACCUGAACGCUGGAUGAAUGUUUCAAGCAUUGUAGUACAAGACUAAUGUGAACAUUUAUAGAGGUGAAAACCCAAUGGCCAGAAAUGAAGGGAGUUUUAAGAGUGGUACUGCAAAGUCUAAAUUUAUAUCAGGUGUACUUAAUCCCCAUUUUGUCUUAAUACCCCAUUGGCUAAGUUUAUUCUCAAGAUUCUCCUAAUUGUCUCCUACGGCCCGUGGAGAAUUGCAAUUCCUGGUGGCAACAUUUUGUA